UUGUUCGACCAACAAUAACCUCCCUAUUACAGUAGUGGGCCCAACUGUACCACCAAGGGCUGUCGGCUUGUAAAGGAAGAUGAAUAACUAGCUAAUAAACCUUUCGUAAAUGGGUUUAUUAGCACAACAGUCGUUAUUUCUGCUCCCCUGGUUCAGUCAAACCGAUAAUCUGUCCAUUUUUAAUGGAUUAUCGUCUUUUCUACAGAAACGGCCCAGCAUCGCUGAAAUAGGACCUUUGGAAACUGGAGAAGACUGUUCAUCCAACGAAGCUUAUUUUUUAAACAGACAUCCCAUCUGUUCGUCAAAUCAAAUGCAGGUUGCCAAUUAGUACACGCUUUUUCAGCAUAACGAAUUGUCGCCAGAAGAUGAACAUGGCCGUCUUCAGUUCUCAGGUGCUAUUUGCAGUGACAAGAUCAAGGGGAUCCUACUUGCUCUCAAAAAGACAGUGCUGCUGCUCUCUCCCGUCUUCGGCGUAUACCCGCUACCACCCAGAGAUCGCUAGCCGUUCUGCUCUGUCCGCGAGGCACUGUGCCCUAACGCACAUCGGAGAAGUCAGGUCCAGCUGCGUACCCGCGCGAUCUUUGCACGCUUCCUGUAGAUGGCUCCAGGACGCAAAGGAGAAGUCUGUGGAAGAUGACACCGCAAAGAGGGACUCUGUCGUGUCCACAUCCCCUCCUUCCCCACCUGCCCCCGCACCCACUCCCAAGGUACCAGAUAAACUGGUUGCCAGGAAGUCGCUGGGACAGAAGGUGGUAGAGGAGCUGAAACACUACUACAAUGGAUUUCGCCUUCUGGGGAUCGACACCAAGAUCGCUGGCCGGAUGGUGUGGCGUCUCCUGCACGGUCAGCUGCUCUCCAGGAGGGAGAGGAGAAGGCUCAUGCGGACCUGCGCCGACCUGUUCCGGCUCCUUCCCUUCGUGGUCUUCAUCAUCGUCCCAUUCAUGGAGUUCCUGCUGCCCGUUUUCCUCAAGCUCUUUCCCGAAAUGCUCCCGUCCACCUUCGAAACAGAGAGCAAGAAGGAGGAGAAGCAGAAGAAAGGUCUGGCGGCCAAGCUGGAGCUGGCCAAGUUCCUGCAGGAGACCAUCGCCGAGAUGGCCCGGAGGAACAAGGCCCAGACCGACAACGAGACGCAGAAGUUCUCCACCUACGUGCAGCAGGUACGUCACUCGGGGGAGCAGCCCACCACCAAGGACAUUGUCAAGUUCUCCAAGCUGUUUGAGGACGAGCUGACGCUGGAGCACCUGGAGCGCCCCCAGCUGGUGGCCCUGUGUAAGCUGCUGGAGCUGCAGCCCAUCGGCACCAACAACUUGCUCAGAUUCCAGCUGAUGAUGCAACUGCGGACCAUCAAGUCUGACGAUGAGGUGAUAGCUACUGAGGGUGUGGCUGCUAUGAGUGUGUCUGAGCUGCAGGCCGCCUGCAGGAGCCGGGGUAUGAGGUCUCUGGGGCUGACGACUGACCAGCUGCGACAGCAGUUACAACAGUGGCUGGAUCUACAUCUGAAGGAGAACGUGCCCCCGUCCCUCUUGCUGCUGUCCCGGGCCAUGUACCUCACUGACGUGACACCCAAGGCCCCCGUCAUCCCCCCCGUGCCCAAACUGGAGAAAGUUACUGCUCCAGCCGAAAGCACGGAGACCGAAGGAAAACCCGCGUCAGCCUCUCUGGAUAAGCUGGUGGAUUCUGCCCCCGUCAUAAAGGACAGAAAGGAGGAAGAGAUGGAGGAUAAAACUGGUAAGCCUGUUCCAGACACGCAACCAACAGCAGGACAAGUAAUACAAGCCAAAGGUACCGAGGUGUCCCAGAAGAGCAAGAUGAGCGCCAAUGGGAUCUGAGGACCACGUGAAGGAGCUGAGCCCCGUUCUCUAAGAGAGGAGGGGACGUGCUGCUAAAAACCAGGGGCGUGACACCCCACCCCCCUCCCCCUCGGACCCCCGUUAGGCCACAGCGCUGUCCAGCCCGCCUCCCGCGACGAGCGCGUCUCCAUGGAAACGGCAAGGUUUGAGCUGGACUUGCCGGGCAGAUGCCGCUUUCCCAUUUCCAAACGUCCAGGGCCCGAGUCUGCGCCCGAAGGGGAGAGCGAGACUCGAGAUACGCAUGUUUAUUUUUAAAUGCACACACUCCGUUCGGGUUCGGGUUCGCAAUUCAAGUAUUGACACAUCCGAAGGCAAAUUAGCGCAGAAACGGACUUCUCGUAUAUGAGCAAAACUAAAAAAAAAGAAAAAAAAAGAAAAAAAAGGUUUACUAAACAAUAAAAAUUCAAAUUAUUUUGUUUUGUCAGUUUUGCUCCUGGUAGCUGAACCACGAUUUGUAUAUUUGUAAAUGCGCUGUAAAUGGCUAUCAGUGUCAGGCAGAUUUUACCUACAGCUGCUCUGUACAGUCAUAUGAACUCUGGCUCCCUGAUUUUUAUUUGCAUUAUAUGUGAGAAUAUUUGAAUAUGAGGUUGAAGUGUAAUUUUAGUUUUAAAUAGCGGCUGUAAAUUGCAAAUUUACACUUUUGAAGCAGCUCUCCAUUCCCUGUCUUUGUCAGGGCCGCAGUCUGUAUAAUUUAAAUAUAAAUACAAAUUUAAAUAUACAGUGUAUAUAUUGUUACAAUGGUAUUGUCAAACCCCCCCAGUUAGCUUUGAAAUGUAAAUCUGAAAUUGUAUUAGGGAAGGAUUUUCUGCUAAAAUUACACUGAAAAUAUUUUUGCCACAAAAGCAAAAUUGGGCAAUUUUCCUCGUAUCGUAUGUUUUUAAAAAAAAAAUCGCGUACAAAACUGAGGAAAAAAUGGAUACAAAAGACAAUAUUUUGCACCAAUGAGAUUUUGUAUUCAUUUAUACAAUCUUCCCACAAAAAUAAGCCACUGAGAUGGAAUACCACAGGGUUAAGUCGAUGUACCCGGUACGUAUGUACGUAGUUCUGUGUUUGCUUGUGUUGCCUUAGUGAUGGGGGAGAAAACCACUGGAAAUUGGGUGAUUGACAGGAUGUGUGUGUUCAUUUUAAAUUUACGCCAAUCCGCAAUGUCCCCUCCCCUCCCUCAGUUUACCGUCAGAGUUAAGUAGCUUAACUUGCCUCUUUCGUGCGUCAGCACGCUAGCCUUUUCCCUGCUCCACGUUUCUGGUGACCUUCUGACAACACGAUGAAGGACUAGGAGAACAAGAGCCACGUGAUUAGAGGGCAAUGCUGCACUGGCAUUUCAAAGGUAGGGUUCAACCCAGAGCACAUGGUGCAAUAUUGGUUAGCCGGGCACUGGGGUUUUCCCCAAAUGGUUGAAUGGUUGUUCGGUGGAACGUUUUUCUCGUCCAGGAAUGUCAAUCAGCAGUCUCUUGGCUUUGAUUCUGAAACGAAUCUCUUAGACAAGAGCAUAGACAGGUUUCUGCUCACAAAGACUAGAGCUGAUAGACUUAAUUUUUGGUGUGUAUAUUUUGUGGUGAGAUUUUAAAUUGAAUUGCCAAGCAAUUUACGAAGUUUGGUGGCACCUUCCUGGUUAAACAAUUGCUAUUCUGGGAUUAGACAUACACUAACCUGGAAAUGUGGAAAAUGUAACUCUACUCUGACAUUUUAUCCACAGGUGUUUAGUUGUAUGUAACGUUUAAGGUAUUGUAAUUUUUCAUAAGUAGGGUGGCAUAGCCUUGACAAAGGAGCAUCAAAAGUAGCUUCUUGAAUGGCCCUAUGUUUUUAUGGAAAUUGUGUUUUGAUUUACAUUUGGCCUAUGUAACUCUCCAUGCUGUAGAAGAACAGGGUCGUUUCCUUCCCAAACCCUUCACUUCUCUGAAAGUUCGUAUUGUGAGUCUUCAUAUUGUGGGCUGGGUUUGCUCUAAGCAGAGCAUGGUGCUUGAGCUUUUUAACACCACAAAAUGGCGUUCGGCCUGACUUCACUGUGUCAUCAUGUGACCGCAGGGGGAAAAACACAGUUCCUGUGAUGAAGUCACUGGGAUGUUCCAUAGCAUUGUACGGAUGGGCAAGUCAAGCCUGGUGCUUUAGAUAUAGAUGAGGUCAAUGAAACCCCAUGCUUAUAUAUUCCACCGUACCUUACACACAUGAAAGAAAUGUUGUAUUUACAUGCAUUCAAAUGAUCUGCCUUUUCACUGUACACAGAAAAGCUUACUGGAGAGUUCAAUAUUGACAGCAUUAAAAUAAUCAAAUCUUAAAACUUG